CAGGUAGAAGCUCCCGAGGGCGCGCGGUGCGUUGCUGCGGCGCUCACCUUCGGGGUCGGCAGCGCGAGUCUCUCGGCUCCGUGCCGUAUCAAGAAGGGGCACGUCUGAACUCACCCCGUCGAGGCAAAUCAUGACAGAUGCUGUAACGAUGGAAUUGAGCUGCACUGAAGUACCUCUUUAUGGACAACUCACUGUAUAUGGAAAAUUUUACAUAGUUCUCUUGGAGGAUGCUGAAUUUUACUUUGUUUACAAUGGCUCAAACCAGAGACAUGUGGUUUUUGCCAAACGUAUUGGUGAUGACACCCUUCAAUCUACUAUUCCAGCUCAUGGAGAACAAGAAGAUGUUUCUGUGUGCGUGGUCAUGUACACCAAAGAAGGUGUGUCUGAGACUUUGGGCUAUUCCUCUGUUACUUACAAGUGGAACACAGCUUCUGAGGUAGCACAUUUUCUGAUGGACCAAGCUGGUUGCCUCACUUCCUCUAGUCACGACACACUCCUCAGCAUGUUUGGCUUAAUGGCUGAAGACUUUCAAUCAUUGGAUCGUGACAUUAUGCUAGCCAUGGCUCACAAAGAGAUUUCACCUACUUGGAACAUUACUGGAACUUGUUCACAAGAUGAAUCUAAACACAAAGAGACACUUCUCCAUCUUGCAAUGAGACUGGGUUUGGUGAAGCUUUCCCAGUUCCUGUUAUCUCUGCCAGGUGGGACAGAUGCAGUCACUCUGCCUAAUGAAGAUGGGUCCACGCCAUUAGACUUGGCUUUACAGAAUGGACAUGCCAGUCUUGUUGAAAUAAUCAAAGCCCAGGUCAGCCAUCCAUUUGAGAUAUCACAAGUGGAGCUUGGCGAGAAUGCUGUCCUACAAUUUGUGCAUUCAUCAAGAUCUCUCAUGCUGACAUUUAAUCGUACUGCAAACCAUUCACUAGAAUCUGACAUCCAAAUCUUCAGGAGAUACCUCUGGGAUAGAGCUUUUCUUCACAAGAGUCUUAUUCCAGAGCAAACUGAGACACUGGGAGAACUGCAGAUGCCUUGCGACUCCACAUGUUCUGCAGAAGAUCCUAUGGACCUUGUGUCUGUGGAGCCAUCUCUGAUAAAUGAAGAUGUGACGUUUUACAGAGAUCCAUCAGUUGAAAAUGAAAAUGACAGCUUGUUGGAUUUAGAUCAUCAACCAUCCCCAUUUCAUGCUUUUAAGAAAUGCCCCAGCCCCUCUACUUUCUUUGCUGCAGCGAGACUUUCUGCUAUGCUGAAUGGAAGUGAUGAAGUAUAUGCAAACCGCAUGGUAGUCAAUCAGAUCGAAGAAGCUGGUAUCAACUACACUCACGGAGGCCAGUCUACUCUUGAACCAUGCACAGACCAAGCUGAGUCAAAUGAAGACCCAGAAGCACCAUCAAAUAGCAGUAGAAAUACAUCACCUGUCAUUCCAUCUAAUUUGUGUACAGCAGGCUCUUACCUGCCACUCAAGGCACAUGGAUUUAGCCACCCAAGAAAUCAGCGCUAUUCUAUAAUGAAAAAACGAAGUUCAAGUCUUGAUGACUUAGAUGUAGAGGGUGUUGAUGAAAGAAGUUCGAACAGACCCCAUCAUUGCUACCGUUUGAUGCCCUUCAGCUCUUCUGGGGCCUUGGCUAAUAAAAAUGACGAAUUCAAUUCAGUGGAGCAAGGCAUGGAUCUAGAUUUUAACAGGGCAGAAUCCCUUCCUUUGUCCACCAAUCUACAACCAAAGGAACCAUUACUGUCUGGAAUUCGAUCUCGCUCCUAUUCUUAUACCUCACCCAAAGUCAACUUAGGAAAAUCACAUGGUUCAUGUGAUUUUACAAUAUGCGAUUCAAAUGAUGAACAAUGUGCAUACAGCUUGACUGAACAGUCAAGGGAAAAAAGAAUUCAAGAAGAAGACUGGGAUAAGUACAUCAUACCUACAAAAUCUGAAUCUGAAAAAUACAAAGUCAGCCGUACUUUCAGUUUUCUGAUGAACAGAAUGGCCAGCACACGAAAUAAAUCCAAGGCAAAAAAUAAAGAUUCAAAAGAGAGAGAGAAACCUUUUAGGCACCAGUUUGUUUCUGGAACUUUUGCUGGGGUAAUACCCUGUUUCGCAUGUGAGAAGCCACUUUUGGGCAAAGAAUCCUUGCAGUGUUCUUACUGCAAUGCAAGUGUGCAUAAAAAUUGUAAGGACUGUGCCCCUGCUUGUACCAAAAAAUCCCAAGAGAGAUGCCACCUUAAGAACAGAACACAAACUAUUCAGACAAAUUUGUCAUUCAGAGAUAUUCCACAGCCGUCAUUGUCCCCAGUUCACUUUUGCAGCUCCACACCUAUUGGACUGUCCUUUGUAAAGAAAGAUGCAUUGCUGCAACAGCACUCUUUAUCCAAAAGUGUUCCAAGUUCCAAUCUUGAAAGAAAAUGUUCAUCCCCUUUGGAGCCAGACAUUGAUCCUUGGAGAUCCAGGUCACACUCUGAAGAACUCUUACAAUCAAUUGGGAGUGCAUCAUCAGUUGAAUCUGUUUUGAUGGAAGAUGAUGUUGAUGCCUCUUUGUGGAAUGACCUCAGCACUGACACACUGGACUAUGAGGGAGAGUCGUGGAGUCUUGUGGUAGACGCAUGGUUUUGUAGCAAGCAAGAAAAGGAGGUCAUUAAAAGACAAGAUGUAAUUUUUGAGCUGAUGCAAACAGAAGUACAUCACAUCCAUACCCUGUUCAUUAUGUCUAAGAUAUUCCGAAAGGGAAUGAAAGAAGAACUGCAACUGGACCACAGCACGGUGGACAAAAUAUUCCCCUGUUUAGAUGAGCUCCUGGAACUUCACCAGCAAUUCUUCUGUAGUAUGAAGGAGAGACGGCAGGAGUCAAGUCAAGGCGGAAGUGACAGAAACUUUGUAAUCAGCAGAAUCGGAGAUCUACUUGUGCAGCAGUUUUCAGAAGAAAAUGCAACCAAAAUGAAGAAGAUAUAUGGGGAAUUUUGUAGCCACCAGAAAGAGGCGGUCAGCCUUUUCAAAGAGCUGCAGCAAAACAAAAAGUUCCAGAAUUUCAUCAAACUACGGAGCAGUAAUCUCUUGGCUCGGCGUCGUGGAAUUCCAGAGUGCAUUCUACUCGUCACUCAGAGAAUUACUAAGUACCCAGUGUUAGUGGAAAGAAUAUUACAAUAUUCUAAAGAAGGAACGGAAGAACACCAAGACUUAUGUAAAGCCCUUGGUCUAAUCAAGGACAUGAUUGCAGCAGUCGAUUUGCAAGUCAAUGAAUAUGAGAAAAAGCAAAAAUUGUUAGAAAUUCUCAGUAAAGUUGAAAACAAAACAUAUACCAAGUUGAAAACUGGCCAUGUUUUCAGAAAGCAAGAUUUGAUCAAGAAAGAGAAGACACUUCUGCAUGAAGGUUUAGUUUAUUGGAAAACGGCUACAGGACGUUUCAAAGAUAUUUUAGCUCUGCUUCUAAAUGAUGUGAUGUUGUUUUUACAAGAAAAAGAUCAGAAAUAUAUCUUUGCAGCUGUUGACCAGAAGCCUGCUGUUAUUGCCCUACAGAAACUAAUUGUCAGAGAAGUAGCCAAUGAAGAGAGAGGGAUGUUCCUGAUUAGUGCAUCGUCCCCAGGGCCUGAGAUGUAUGAAAUUCAUACCAGUUCCAAAGAGGAACGCAGUCACUGGAUGAGGCAGAUUCAAGAAGCUGUGGAGAACUGUCCAGAGGAAGAAGGGAAAAUGAAUGAAUCUGAUGAGGACCGAAGAGUAGCUGAAGCCAGAAUAGCUAAAAUUCAAAAGUGUCAAGCCACCUUGAGUAACAAGGACCAACAGAUCUGUAGCUGUUUGGAAGAUAAGCUUGCUAUCUAUUCAAAGCUUGGAAAUAUGAGCGGGUUUGAAGACGUUCACGUGGAGCCUCAUUUGUUGAUAAAGCCUGACUCUGGAGAAACACCUCAAGUGGCCUCCCUGCUAGCUGCAGCUCUCAAAGAAGUGGAAAACCUUCACGGGACUGUAGCAUCAACACAGACAAAGGACCCAAUCCAGUCAACAGAUGAGAGUACUAGAGAAUCAAGCCCGACAGAAGAUCUUUCUGCAGUGGAUGUCUGUGAAUCUAUGACUGAUUUAACAGAAAUAAAAGGAGAUGAGCUUUGUGAUGCUGAUGCUGAUGAUACAAACACCACAGCAGAAGUUGAUGUGCUGGAUCAGGAAGGAGACACAAGUUUCCCAACUUCUGCACAGAUUGAGAUUGUUCAGACUAUCCAGAAUUUAACCCGCCUCUUGUACAGUAUACAGGCAGCCUUAGCCAUCCAGGAUAGUCACGUCGGGAUCCAUAAGCUGGUCCUUCAGGAACAUGAAAGAUUCAGCUGGAGUCCCAGUUCUCGUAGCACCUCCACGCCGGAGCAAGAAAAGCACCGAAACUUUAAACAGAAGGAGGAACUCGCCAAUGUUCACAAAGUUCAGCACCAGUUUCAGCAAGAGCAGCAACGGUGGCACCGCGAAUGUGAGCAGUGGCAUCAAGAGCAUCAGACAAGGGAGAGCCAGCUUCUGGAGAGGGAGAAAGAAUGCUUAAGCCAGGAGGAACUGCUUUGCAGAAACCGGGAAGAGCUGAAUUCCCAGCUGCAGGAUUACCAGCAGAACCUGGAGAGACUCCGGGAGAGCCAAAGGAUGGUGGAGAAGGAACGGGAAAUGGUAAAGCUACAACACAAGAUCUUGCACCACUGGAAGCACAGCCGUCAAAGCAGCCUGCCUGGGGUGAUCUCGCCAGGGGACAAUGAGGCAUGCAAGACUUUCUCCAGAAUCAUGGGACAUAAUCGAUCAGACAGCUUUUGUGGUGAAAAUUCAGUCUUCAUAAAUGAAGCCCUAUUACAGAUGUCAUUAAACCAUCUUAACAAAUCAAACUCAAAUCUAGUUUACCAGAAUUAUGUACAUGGAGUAAACCAGCCAAAUUCAAGUUUAUCAAGGACUAGUGAAAAUCAGACCAACUGCAACAUGGACAGUUCUUGUCAGCAAACAUUUACUGAGGAGCUCUCGAAAUCUGCUGACCUUUGUCAUCACACGGCCACCCCCUGCAAAAGCAACACAGACUCUUGCAAUAAUCGCAGUUGCACUGAAGAUCUGAACAGCCAGAAGAACUCAGCCAACGAAGAUUGCAUUGGCCAUCCAAGAAACAACUCUGAUCAGACACACAAAAGCCAAACAGCCAAAUUUCAAGGCCUGAAUGCAGUGCUAAGUCAGUGCCCAAGAUCAUCAAGUCAUGACAGUGUUCAGCCACUCCAGCCUUCAGACAUUGUGAAGAAAAAUCUGUCUUGUGAUAUGCAACAAGAUUCAGAAAAUGCAGGCAUUGAAGAAAAUAUAGUAUAUCUCUAAUCUGUCACCAGUAGCACUUUGAGAUAGCUUUUCUAAUUAUGUGUACUUACUUUUUUGUCCAAAUUGCUCCAGGAAAUAGUAUUUAAUAUAAAAUGCAAAGUUUUUUUCAUAUCCACAUACCAACUAAGUUAUUUGUUAAACACAUAUGUAAUAUUUAAAUCAUAGCAUACAUCCUACAUGUGGAAUGCUCUACAAGGGACAUAAGACAGUGAUGGGCUUUACAACCAGCCAUGACCUGUCUUUGUGAUAGUAUUAUCCCAAUGGGACUGUGGAUGAGUGGUCCUUUUUCAGGUUCAAGCUGCACAUUCCUAGGUAUUACAUCAGUAUCAUAGAUUUUGUAGAACAGCUUAGCAACUUCUUAAUAACAAUGAUGUCAACUGGGGAAAAUGGACAAAUAAGAGUGAAAAUAGAACAGCAAAGAUCCGUAAGUGACUGAAACUUCUGCUUGCGCCCUUCAGUGAGUUUUCUUGGCCUUUUUCUUAAAGGCACCCAUUUAACUAUGAUUUAAUGAAGACACCCAUGGUAGAUACAUUUCCAGGCCACAUAAUCACAACAUGUCAAUGCAGAAUUAGAAUCAAAACCUUGAUCAUAAUCAUUGCCACACGAUUUCGAUGAUGCAGAAAAGCCAUUUAGUUUAACAAGUUUUUCAAGGUGCUCCUUCAAAAGAUGGGGAAUGAAGACAUCAUGGUAUUGUGGUAUGAUGGUAGGGGAAACACACCUGAAAUAUUUCUUAAGUCGGAUGGGUGACCUUCAAGGACUACCAGGGUCAUGACACGGAGGCAGGCAAUGGCAGACUACCUCUGGAUGUCUGUUGCCUUGAAAAAUGUAUGGGAUUACCAUAAAUCAGAUGUGACUUGAUGGCACACGCACACACAAUAUCAGUUGAGAUUGUCACUUUGGUUCCUAAAAGGUUGAUGUUGCUACGUUAAAAUUCCAUGGGGAGACUCCUUUUACUCCAUAGUGAGGUUUUGUGUCACAAAUCCAGUUCCAACUAGCAUGUACAGAACUUGUUUUUUCAAGCACUCUUGGUCAGUUUUGUAAUAUGUUGCAUAAUAACUUUGUGCUUGGCUUCAGGAAGUGCCCUUUUUUGUCCUAGUAUUAAAAUUCAUCGGAUGGACAUUUACAUCUGGUGAGAAACUGAGAAUAAAAGGAGAAAAAUGUAUUUUUUUUAGCCUAACCCAAAUCCAAUAUUUUCCACAUGCACAGAUGCAAAUGAGUGUAUUUUUUUGCAGGACACGGGGAGCUUUGAUGUACUGUAGAAUAAUAAAUCUGGAUUUUUUUCUUGGCACUUUUCAGAUAUAACUGUUUUACUUUUUUGAAUUUAAUAAAUGUUCUAUGUAUCUUCAAA